AUGACUCAGGUCAUGCAUGCUUCUGUGAGGUCGUUCAUAGAAACAAAUUUUGCCUCCCUCAUUUAUUUGGAUGAGCUCGACUUAGAGGGCCUUCGCCAGUUGUGUCGUGAUCUUGAAGUCGAGGACAACCCUCCUGAAGGUGACCUUUCAAAGUUAGAUCUUCCUCCACUGCUCUCGCUAGCUCUUGGGUCGUGUAUGGUUAAAUCCAUCCUUUUCCAACGUCUAGUCUCCUACAUCGUGGCUUUCCAGUUGCAUAUACCAAGUGUGGCGAUUUUUGGCGUCUCCCUUGUGUUUGGCUUGGCUGAGUUUAACGGUCUCGUGUUUCCCACUGAGAAUGUUCCUGUUUGGACGUUGCUUUUCCUUCUUGAUGAUUUCACCAAAGUUUAG